CCCGCGUUCCUCCCGCCAAGGCGCGGCCGGGCCCGGGGUGUGGGGCGCGGGCUGCCCAGGGAAGCUGCGGGCCCCGCUGCUGCUCGCCCGCCACAGGCACUUUCUGGGCUCUGCUGCUUGCCUCCGCCCCCCUUUUCUGUGGCACGUCUCGUGGGGCUUUUGACCUUUCUCGGGGGCAUCGUGUACGGCUGCAGCCAAGGCUGAGGUGCACCGGUGCGCCUGCCGGGACCAAAGCAUAAAGAAAUUUCUGUUUCUGAGUUAAAAUGGAAAAGUAUGAGACCCUUGGGCUUGUUGGAGAAGGAAGCUAUGGGAUGGUGAUGAAGUGUAGAAACAAAGACAGCGGAAGAAUUGUCGCCAUCAAAAAAUUUUUGGAAAGUGAGGAUGAUAAGAUGGUUAAAAAAAUUGCCAUGCGAGAAAUCAAGCUACUCAAGCAACUAAGGCAUGAGAACCUGGUGAACCUGCUGGAAGUGUGUAAAAAGAAGAAGCGGUGGUAUUUGGUGUUUGAAUUUGUGGAUCACACAAUCCUGGAUGACCUUGAGCUGUUUCCCAAUGGACUUGAUUACAGCAGAGUUCGGAAAUACUUAUUUCAGAUUAUAAAAGGAAUAGGAUUUUGUCACAGUCACAAUAUCAUACACAGAGACAUUAAACCAGAAAAUAUAUUGGUCUCCCAGUCAGGAGUUGUGAAACUCUGUGAUUUUGGCUUUGCUCGCACACUGGCAGCUCCUGGAGAAGCUUACACAGACUAUGUGGCUACCCGGUGGUACAGAGCUCCAGAACUGUUAGUUGGAGAUCUCAAGUAUGGCAAGGCUGUUGAUGUGUGGGCCAUUGGCUGUCUGGUAACAGAAAUGCUUACAGGAGAGCCCCUGUUCCCUGGUGACUCAGAUAUCGACCAGCUGUAUCAUAUUAUGAAGUGCCUGGGUAAUUUAACCCUAAGACAUCAAGAGCUGUUCUACAAAAAUCCACUGUUUGCUGGAGUGAGGCUGCCUGAAGUCAAGGAGGUUGAACCUCUCGCAAGACGUUAUCCCAAGCUCUCCGCUGCCAUUUUAGAUUUAGCAAAGAAAUGUUUGCAGAUUGAUCCAGACAAACGACCAUCCUGUGCUGAGCUGCUGCAGUGUGAUUUUUUUAACAAAGAUGGAUUUGCUGAAAGAUUUGCUCAGGAACUUAAAUUAAAGAUUCAGAAAGAUGCCAGAGACCAUCAGCUGCAAAAAAAAUCAAAAUUCAUCAAAAAAGACAAAGAUGAAUCUUUGGGAGAAGAAAGAAAAAUGCUUGUUAUUCAGGACUUCAACAUUGAUCCAAAAAACAGAGACUCUAAGCUGUUCAAAGUGAAACUGUCCAAAGUGGACAUGGAGAAACCUGACAGAUCUUCCAAUGUGAGCUGCCUCUAUGACAGUGGAACGAGCCAGUUCAAAUCAGUUCCUCCGAUGAGCAUGAAAGAUUCUAGCAGCAGCCUAGACUACACUAAGAAUCCCAGCAUGGUUAUUCCCCCCAUUCUGCAGAACCUGUCCACCAUCACACCCAGCAUCGGGGUAAACUCUGGGAUGGGGUCCAUUUCUGGAAGCCAUAGUUACAGAGCUGAGGAGAAGACUAAAAAAUACUUAAACCCUUUAGUAAAACAAGGGAAACAUUCUCCAGCAGGCCAUUACAAUGUAAAUUUGGCCUCCUCGGUCUCAAAUGAAAAGAACGUCCUUCAAGCAAACAAGAAAAGAUGGGAAUUCUCAAAGAUAGAUGUGCGUUUGCCAGAGCUAAACUACAAUCAUCUCCCUGAGCUCAAAGGAGUGGAUGCUCGAAAUUCCAGAUUGGUCAAAAAGGAAAACAAAAUAGUCUCAGAGUCCCGCAUCCCAUCCCUUGCCACCAUUGAUCUUCAUAACCCCAGCCUGGCAUUGCAGCAGAUAUCAGGAACAUCACUGGCAGAUGCUUCAGAAGCCAACUUCCCCAGGGUAGAACACUAGCCUAGAAGACGAUGGGGUGCUGUUAACUUUUGGCAGGUGCCUGAAAUAAUGGGAAUUCUCCAUGUGCAUCUCCAUAUAUGAAUGAUGCACCAUCUCUUUGCUGAAGGGAGGUGAGUCCCUAAUCAUCCUGCUUACCCUGCCACUAACUCAGCCGUUUGCAAGCACUCUUGGGCACAGUUUGGAUCCAGUUCCAUAGAACAUUUGACAAACAGGCCUUCUGUUCUGGUUGACUGCUAUGUGCAAGACGGCAUUGCAGCUGGGUCUUAAGCUGGUGCCUUUGCUGGCACGAGACAAGAUCUUGACUUGGGUUCUUCAGAUGGUAGAAGGCAGCUGUUGAUGGGUAAUAGGGGCAGAGAUGGAACUUGGAGUUCAGAGAAAUAUAGCUGCUUUGUCUAACUGACCUCUGCUAAAGGCAGAAAUGCAAGUUCUUGAGUGGUUAAGUACUGACAUGGCUGAGAUACUGAACACUGCAUACGUGCAGCUGAGCGGUGAAGUCUGCCUUGACUUAAACCCUCCCCUUGUCAGAAAUGCCUACAGCAUUUUUUUUUCUACCCAAGAAAUAGAAGUUCCUAUAUAAGAUGUGUUGGUCUAAGGACAUAGGCAGACAAGGUUCUUUGGGUAAAUCAGAUAACUUGUAUUAGACCAACUAAAAUAGUUGGGAAAA